AUGGUUUCUCGAUCCAUUCUCGCUGUAGCGGCUUUCGCCGUCAGCUUUCUCGGAGCCGAAGCUGGCCCUUGUCGACCCACCACCGCCACAAGCCUGGCCGCCAGUGAGACAUCAUCGACAGUUGUUUCUGUGCCCGAGUCUACAACCUUGACGACCCUGAUCGAGACCACUACCACGGCCGUGGCUGAAACUACAACAACUAGCGCGGACGAAGUCACCACGACCGCUGAGGCUCCAGUUUGCGCCGAAACUCAAGUUAUUAUCAACCCAGGCUUCGACGACAACAACUCUCUAUCACCCUGGACAGGCGAUGGUACAAGGACCACUUUCAGUGUAUAUUCCGAGCCCAACGCCGCCGAUCUUGAGUUCGAGAAUGGUGGCGGCUCAGGGCAGUUCGCGCAGAAUUUGCCCACCCUGAAUGGCGACUAUGUACUCUCCUACCGAUGGUCUGCUGCUCUAGCAUACAACCUUGGAAGUGGAUUCAGUUGCACCAUCCAACCCAAGAUCGGAAACGACGCGCUUACGGCAGUUUAUCCCGAUAACCUUUCUAAUUGGAAACUGGAGAGUCAGAGGUGGUCUAGUAGAGGAACUGCUCUUGCUGGAGCUGCUAUCUCAUUCUCGGUAUCAUGCAGCGGAGAGUACGAUGCUCUCGGUAUCUUUUUCGACGAUGUUACCUUGACUCGAGAUUGCGGCAGUGCAACCCCUACAGACUGA